CGCACUCCCGCUCCGCCGGCGGCCGCACCUGCUCCGGCCAAGCCAUGAUGAGCUUCGGCAGCGCCGAUGCGCUGCUGGGCGCCCCGUUCGCGCCUCUGCACGGAGGAGGCAGCCUGCACUACGCGCUGAGCCGCAAGGCAGGCGCGGGCGGCACGCGCUCCGCCGCCGGCUCCUCCAGCGGCUUCCACUCGUGGGCGCGGACAUCCGUGAGCUCCGUGUCCGCCUCGCCCAGCCGCUUUCGCGGCGCCGGCGCCGCCUCGAGCACCGACUCGCUCGACACCCUAAGCAACGGCCCGGAGGGCUGCGUGGUGGCGGCGGUGGCGGCGCGCAGCGAGAAGGAGCAGCUGCAGGCUCUGAACGAUCGCUUCGCGGGCUACAUCGACAAGGUGAGGCAGCUCGAGGCGCACAACCGCAGCCUGGAGGGCGAGGCGGCGGCGCUGCGGCAGCAGCAAGCCGGCCGCGCCGCCAUGGGCGAGCUGUACGAGCGCGAGGUGCGCGAGAUGCGCGGCGCCGUGCUGCGCCUGGGGGCGGCGCGCGGGCAGCUGCGCCUGGAGCAGGAGCACCUGCUGGAGGACAUCGCGCACGUCCGCCAGCGGCUGGACGAGGAGGCCCGGCAGCGCGAGGAGGCGGAGGCGGCGGCGCGCGCCCUGGCGCGCUUCGCGCAGGAGGCGGAAGCGGCGCGCGUGGAGCUGCAGAAGAAGGCGCAGGCGCUGCAGGACGAGUGCGGCUACCUGCGGCGCCACCACCAGGAGGAGGUGGGCGAGCUGCUCGGUCAGAUCCAGGGCUGCGGCGCCGCGCAGGCGCAGGCUCAGGCCGAGGCUCGCGACGCCCUCAAGUGCGACGUGACGUCGGCGCUGCGGGAGAUCCGCGCGCAGCUCGAAGGCCACACUGUACAGAGCACGCUGCAGUCCGAGGAGUGGUUCCGAGUGAGGUUGGACCGACUCUCAGAGGCAGCCAAAGUAAACACAGAUGCUAUGCGCUCAGCCCAAGAGGAGAUAACUGAGUACCGGCGGCAGCUGCAGGCCAGGACCACAGAGUUGGAGGCGCUGAAAAGCACCAAGGAGUCUCUGGAGAGGCAGCGCUCUGAGCUAGAGGACCGUCAUCAGGCAGACAUUGCCUCCUACCAGGACGCUAUUCAGCAGCUGGACAAUGAGCUGAGAAACACCAAGUGGGAGAUGGCUGCUCAGCUCCGAGAAUACCAGGACCUGCUCAACGUCAAGAUGGCCCUGGAUAUCGAGAUUGCGGCUUACAGGAAGCUCCUGGAAGGUGAAGAGUGCCGGAUUGGCUUUGGUCCGAGUCCCUUCUCUCUUACUGAGGGACUCCCAAAAAUUCCUUCCACAUCCACUCACAUAAAAGUCAAAAGCGAAGAGAAGAUAAAAGUAGUAGAAAAAUCCGAGAAGGAAACUGUAAUUGUAGAGGAACAGACAGAAGAGAUCCAGGUGACGGAAGAAGUGACGGAAGAGGAGGACAAAGAGGCCCAAGGGGAGGAAGGAGAAGAGGCAGAAGAGGGAGGAGAAGAAGAAGCAGUUACAUCUCCCCCUGCAGAAGAGGCCGCAUCUCCAGAAAAAGAAACCAAAUCUCCUGUGAAAGAAGAGGCCAAAUCGCCAGCUGAGCCCAAGUCACCAGCUGAGGCCAAAUCUCCAGCUGCAGUGAAGUCCCCAGAUGAGGUCAAAUCUCCAGCUGCAGUGAAGUCCCCAGAUGAGGUCAAAUCUCCAGCUACAGUGAAGUCCCCAGCUGAGGCCAAGUCGCCAGCUGAGGCCAAGUCACCAGCUGAGGCCAAGUCACCAGCUGCAGUGAAGUCUCCAGGUGAGGCCAAGUCUCCAGCUGAGGUAAAAUCACCAGCGGAGGUAAAGUCUCCAGCUGAGGUGAAGUCCCCAGGUGAGGCCAAGUCUCCAGCUGCAGUGAAGUCCCCAGGUGAGGCCAAGUCACCAGCUGAGGUAAAGUCACCAGCUGAGGUGAAGUCUCCAGCUGAGGCCAAGUCACCAGUUGCAGUGAAAUCCCCAGCUGAGGCCAAGUCACCAGCUGCAGUGAAGUCCCCAGGUGAGGCCAAGUCACCAGCUGAAGCCAAAUCUCCAGCUGAGGGCAAGUCUCCAGCUGAGGGCAAGUCUCCAGCUGAGGUGAAGUCUCCAGCUGAGGUAAAAUCUCCAGAGAAGGACAAGACCCCCGUGAAGGAAGGAGCAAAAUCCCCAGCCGAGGCCAAGUCUCCCGAGAAGGCCAAGUCCCCUGUGAAGGAAGAGAUCAAGCCUCCAGCUGAGGUCAAAUCACCUGAGAAGGCCAAGAGCCCCAUGAAGGAGGAAGCAAAGUCUCCUGAGAAGGCCAAGACUCUAGAUGUGAAGUCUCCGGAAGCUAAGAGUCCAGCAAAGGAGGAAGUGAAGCACCCUGCAGACAUCAGAGAUCCUGAGCAGGUCAAAAGUCCUGCCAAGGAGGAGGCCAAGUCCCCAGAGAAGGAAGAGGCCAAGACUUCUGAGAAGGUGGCUCCCAAGAAGGAAGAGGUAAAGUCCCCUGUGAAGGAGGACGUAAAAGCCAAAGAACCCCCAAAGAAGGUAGAAGAAGAGAAGACACCAGCUAUGCCAAAAACAGAGGCGAAGGACAGUAAGAAAGACGAAGCUCCCAAGGAGACCCCAAAGCCCAAGGUGGAGGAGAAGAAGGAAACUCCUACAGAAAAGCCCAAGGACUCUGCAGCAGAAGCCAAGAAGGAAGAGGCUGGAGAGAAGAAGAAAGCAGCGACCCCGGAGGAGGAGACUCCUGCCAAGACGGGUGUGAAGGAAGACACACAACCCAAAGAGAAGCCAGAGACAACCAAGAUAGAAGCAGAAGACACGAAGGCCAAAGAACCUAGCAAGCCCACAGAGGAGGAAAAGCCAAAGAAAGAGGAGGCACCUGCAGCGCCAGGGAAGAAAGACACCAAGGAGGAGAAGACCUCAGAGUCCAAGAAGCCUGAGGAGAGACCCAAGACGGAGGCCAAGGCCAAGGAGGAGGACGACAAGGGCCUUUCCAAAGAGCCUAGCAAACCCAAGGCAGAAAAGGCGGAGAAGUCCUCUAGCACAGACCAGAAGGAUAGCCAGCCUCCAGAGAAGGCCACAGGGGACAAGGCCGCCAAGGGAGAGAAGUAAGAGGACAAGCGGAGCACGCAGAAUAGCCAAAGAAACUCAGGACAGUCCCAGUACUCAAGGGUCGGCGUAAUAAAUUUUAUUUCUUCCUUUCCCUCUGUAAGAAGAAACACCGCUUAGAUGCCGGUCCUGUCCUCACCAAACAGGAAUUUCUAUUAGGAUUAAGUUAGCAAGAGAAGAUAACCCUGAGCCCUGCCCCCCACGCCGAAAGCCCUCCCCAGGUGAUGGACGAUUAUGAUAGCUUAUCAUAGCUGAACGUGAUGUAUGCUGAACGCUACGCGUAAAACACGUGUCUAAAAACUGCCCCCUCCUUUCCGAGUAAGUGCAUUUAUUUCCUGUAUGUCCAACUGACAGAUGACCGCAAUAAUGAAUGAGCAGUUAGAAAUGCAUUAUGCUUGAAACGUUGUAACCUAUUCCUGAAUGCCUUCUUCUUUUCCAAAGGAGUGGUCAGGCCCUUGCCCAGUACAUGCUCCGGAUAAGCUGCAGCAGGCGAGGUAGGGUGCUGGCCACUGAACCAUGCCAGGGUGUACUCUCCACUGAAGUCCACUUUCAAUUGCUUCCAUGCAAUAA